UAGUAAUGUGAAGAAUGUGUCCACAGUGGACUGGCUUCAGCUGCGGAACAGUUGGAGGAGACCUUCUCUGGACUUUUCUGCCUCAGGAGCUUCCUCGGUCUUUUUGAAGAUGGAGUCACGCACCAGUGUUCAGUGUAAAAUCGUGCUGGUGGGAGACAGUGAGUGCGGGAAAAGCGCUCUGCUUAACGUGUUCGUCAAAGACAGCUUUCCAGAGUGCUACGUGCCCACGGUGUUUGAGAACUACACAGCCACCUUCGACCUGGACAUGCAGAGAGUGGAGCUGCGACUGUGGGACACUUCAGGUUCUCCCUACUACGACAACGUGCGUCCUCUCUCCUACCCUGACGCAGACGCAGUCCUCAUCUGCUUCGACAUCAGCAGGCCGGAGACAUUAGACAAUGUGCUGAAGAAGUGGAGAGGAGAGAUUGAGGAGUUCUGUCCGCAUACCAAGAGGCUGCUGGUGGGCUGUAAGUCCGACCUGAGAACAGAGCUCUUCACCAAGGCCCACAGCAGACACACUCCAGUAUCCUAUGACCAGGGCUCCAACACGGCCAAGCAGCUGAGCACCCCCUACCUGGAGUGUUCCUCACUGCAGUCUGAGAACAGCAUCAAAGACAUCUUCCAUGUGGCCACGCUGGCCUGUGUCAGCAAAAGCAACAAGAACGUGAAGAGGAGGAAGUCCAGAGCCUCUAAGAGGAUGUCUCAUAGUGGAGGAGACAUGUCAGCAUGUGUGUCCACACAUUACCAGCAGACCAAAGCUAAGAGCUGUGCUGUCAUGUAGACACAGACAGUGCUGAAGCAGGUACUGAUGUGGGGUGCUUUGGACACUGAGAGGGAUGAACAAUGAAAAACAUUCUUUUACAGAGCGCUGUGGGGUUUGAUACUGUGAAGACCCCCAGCGUAUGAUGAAAGACAUGAACUUUCCGUAGUUUACACAUGAGGAACUCAGCAGGUGAUUGGCUGGGUCAUGUGUUCACUACAGCAGGAAGUCUGGAUCUUUUCCCGCUGUGUUCUAGCUGUGAGCUUAAAAAUGUCCGGAGCAACUUCUGCAGACGUUUGCGUUGUCACAUAUAGGCCUUGACGAUUUCAGAAACAGGUGUGAAAGUCACAGCUGCAGCAACAUCAUUUUCUUCCCGUGAUUUUUGUAGGUGAGGACACCUGCAGAACAUUUGUAUGUACAGUUUUUACAUCCUCUCUGCUCUUCCAACUAUUUAAUUUGCAUUUACAAAUCUGUGUAUCGUAUACUCUGUACACAUGUGUUUUUCCUGAGCUGCAUCCAUUUUUAAAGUGAUAGUUCUGGUGUUUUUGUGGAAACUGUUCACUCUCGCUGCACCAAAGCUCAUAGAGAAAAUGUGCGUUUUUAGCUUACAAAGAAAGGAGCAUGCGUAGUUUGGUAAGUUUGCCUCAGUUAUUUAAAUCCAAACAAAAACAUUUCCAACGUCAGUGUCACAAAAUAACACAUUUGAACACAUUUGAGCUGACUGAUGGAGGCAACAGGGGGAUCAACAACUUCUUUGAGUGGUGAUGUGAAAUUGCUGAUUUUCUCUAUGGACUUUGGUGCAGCGAGAGUGAGCAGUUCAUCCAUUUCUCCAGUUUCCUGUUGGUAAAGGCUGUAAGAGGCAAACAUAUUCUUUAGAUGACAUAGACUUUAUUAGGUGAGUGUUUUGCUGUGUCCCUUGUGUCCCCAUUGGCAGCCAUGUUUUCAUUCAUCAUGUACCUGUCUGACACAUCCCAUUAUCAAAAGCGACUACUUCUUAUGGUUUUGGAAAGAAAAGGAAUACACAGAGAAGGACGGAUAGACAUUCUGACCAAUGUACUGUAUCUCACCUUGUUAUACACCGGGGGGAUAGUGAACACGAAGGAUGUCUGUGACUUUUCCAGGACUAUUCCUGCAUUGGACACAUUUCAUGAGCAGAUAAUGGGGAGUGCACUGUGUCCUUUCCAGAUUUGGAAAUUGAAAACAUUUAUAUAAGUGUUUUUUGUGCUGUUUAUUUUUUUUUAUUUUGUAUUUUUAAAAUAUAUGUUUGAUGAUGUAUGAGACAUGUAUAAGAGCCAUUUGUUCCUGUGCUGACUUAUCCCACAAGGAUAUAUACAUACAUACACAGUAUAUAUAACAUAUAAUAUUAUAUUUGGAAAAUGUUCAUGCAUUUACAUGCGUGUAUUGAACACAUUUUUGAUACACGUAUGUAUAUUUUCCAAAUAUGUCGGAUUCCACUACAUGCGCGUUGUACAAGUUUUAGAGAUUCUGAGGGUAGUUGGUUUUGAUCUUAUGAUGAAAGGACCUUUCUUUAUGUUGGACUUGCAUGCACUAUAAUGUUCACCAAAUCUGGGUUUGUGGAAAAAAAAGUGGAAUAUUCAUGCAAUAUUUUCUGCUUCAUUAUUUUCCUGACAACUUAAACACCUCAAAUCACAUAAAUAUGAUAUCCUGUAUCUAACCACUCAUGGAUUGUGGGAUAUUAAGGAAAUAGCCAACGCUUUAUGGGUGUCCAAACCAGGAAACC